AUGACAGUGUUGCUUUUGAGAGUGAAAAGGCUGAGGCUGUAUCUAAAGAUAAGUACAAGACUGCAAAGCUGUUAUUGGUUUUGUAUGGAAGACCAACGAUAUAGGAUGGAAGUCGUUUAAGGAAGAUAACUUCAUGUGACAAGGAAUUUAUCCUCUACUAAUGGACCCAGAAGAAAAUAUCAAGAAUCUUUUACCUCCCAGACAAGUCAUCUUCCAGAAAGAGAAAAGGCAUGUUUCAAAGCAUCAUGGAGCUGUUUGCGAGGAACAAAGGACGUACAAAGGCGCCCAUGCCACGAUGGGCUACGCUCGGACUCCUGUAGAACGCCCCUCGCACUACAUGAAGACACACCACAGAGACAGCAUAGAGAGGAUUGUGACGGAGAGCAACAAAGCCAAGGCAGCUGGUAAUGAGCUGAUUACUACUCCGCGUUCUCUCAUUCGAUCCUGGAGGUCGAGUCAGAAAAACUACUUGAGCAGAGACACCAUGUACACAGUCACUCAGAUCUUCCUAACAGUUUUGUUUGCAUCUUUCAGGGGACGAAUCAACUGGGUUGAGAGUAACGUGGAGCAUGUGAAAGCUUUGUCUCCAAGCAGACCCAGUCCAAGAUUCGUGGAUGUUCCCGGCGGAGAUACUCAAGAUCUCCUGCCCUCUGGGCUCUUUCCAAGAUAUGUUUUCAAGAAGAAUUUCGGACAAGUGCCCACUUAUCUGCAGCGCCGUCAGCAGCAGCUGCAGAUCGAGAGGGAGAUAGAGGAUCAAGAGGAGGCUUUGCGAUCAAGCCGGAGUAUCAAAGCCGAUCGUGACAAGGACGACACCUCGCUUCUGACAGAACAGGACCGAAUGUCAAUGCUAAAAGGGCUAAGGACCAACCUCAGGGAAGCCCAGCGUCAGCUCCAGACGUUACCAGUUGUUUGCGAGACCAAUGCAAACAAGAAAAAGAGGGAUACGCUCGAGCAGACUGUCAGUGAUCUCGGACGUUACAUAUUCUUGCUUGAGAACUAUAAGGUAGCCAUUAGGAACUAACGUUAUCCUUGGGAAGAUAAUAUUAGUAAUUCCAAAACUGCUAACACUU